CCGACAUGUAUUAGCACAAUAACGUCUUUGUUGUUGCACAGCUUGAGCGUGUGCCGUACACAGACUCGAAGAGUGUUUCACAUCGUAGACACAUUGCCUCUGUUGACUACCGUCAGCUUUGAAUUCGAUUCCCUUCGAUGUAAUCAUCAAUUUAGCAAUUCUUUAAUUCCAGUUUUGACGCCGUUGUCCCAAGCAGUGGUUCAGAAGGCGACAGAGCAUAGUCUAAACGAAACAGAGAAAGGUACUGUUGUAGAGGAUUGCUCCUCUCGUAUUCUUAACGUUUACAUUACUCAAGGUCUAAUAAGAUUGUCUAUCUUUAAAACGGUUUUAGUUAACGUAACCUCUAAACGACAGUCCAGUGCAAUAAACAGCAAGUAAACAAAAAUAUAUUUGUUAAUGCUUAAGCUGUCUAUCUGAUGGGGCUAUAGUGUUGACACAAAAGUAGACCAAAACAUGCCGUUGGUGAAAAUUGUUCUCUUUACAAUUUCAUAUGCCGUUUUAGAAUAUAGUUACAGUUUUUCGUGAACCAACGUUAACCUGAAAAAAGAAAAAGCUCAAUUAAUAUGGGAUGGCGGGAUAGGUAUGUUUUCUAUUAUUAUUAUUAUUUUUUUUUUUAACUUCGAAUUCAUACUGUUCAGUCUCGAUAGAAAUUCGAUCGGUAUAAACAUCACCUUAAUCACCGCUUUUUGGUUAUGUCGAACUCCGGUGAGGGUGAAAGGAGGAAUGUGUUUGUGGAAUGGCAUGUGGCAUGGCUUGCGGAAUGACAUAAUUAUGCAGAAUGUAAUAUAUGCAGAUUGCCUAAAAGAAAUAAAUUAGACUGAAAAGUGCACCCUUUUUGGCGCCAACCAAUUUUUCAAAAGCAGCGACUUUUGUAAUGUUGAUGACAACCAAAAAGCCACGAAGGAUUCUUUGAUUUCUCACUCUCGAUUAGCCUUUUUCGCACAGCCACAAAGAUUCUACUCGCCCUUAUUUGUCGCGCUUCCCACGGGUUAGGAGGUGGAGACGUAUGACAUUUCAGACUAGCUGUUACAGCUGGGGUGCAAAAUUCAAUUUGCCAUGUUGAAAUUGGUAGUUACUAAUGUUUAAUUCAUUUCUUUGCGUUAUUUUCAUAUGUUAAAUUCAGCAUAAUUAUGUCAUUCCCCAAGCCAUGCCACAUGCCAUUCCGCAAACUCAGUCCUUUUGCCCCCACCGGUCAAAAUCCUAGCUAAACUUUUCAUUCCUCCUCUUUGUAGUGUUUGGAAGUAUUUCCCUUCAGUUUUUUCUUCUUACUAAAGUUCCUUCUGUCGUUCAUACUCAAAUAAGUCGCAAUCAUAACUCUUCGGUACAUAAAUUUGCACGAGAAAAUUUAUAGAACGUCUGGCACGACAAAGGAUAAGCGCCACAGGUAGCCCAAAAUGUUUCUUGCGACGCGGUCAAAAUACAUUGUAUAGAGAUUUAUGUGACAAAACCUGUAACCUAACAAUUAUUUAAUUAAUUAGAACUACAGUCAAUUUUCAACGGUAAAGUUUCGGACGGGUGCAAUUUGGGAAAGAUUAAAAGACACUCAACAAUACCCACACCACAACAACCGUUGCUUUCUACACACACACACACACACACACAAAAAACUUGUACAUCGGUUAUAUUGCAGUCAACCUGUACUUGACCGUUAUACACUGUAUUUUGUAGUUUUAUGGGUUGUUGUGUCCUCCCUUCUCUUCUCUGGACUUGCAUCUUGCGUGGAAAAAGGGGGAAUGUCCAGUUGCCUGCGAGGUAACUAGCGAUCAUUCCAGAGUAGAGGAGGCAGAUGGCUUUGUUGUUCACGCAAGAGAUUCGCAUAUGACACCUCCGGUAGAUUCAGUGCCUUGGAUCUUGUUCACACGAGAAAAUCCAGUUUACACUCCCGCUCUGACAGACGCCAACUUCAUGUCUAAGUUCAAGUUGCUGAGAAGUUACCGUUUAGAUUCGGACUUUCCGGAUCCGUCCUUUUCAUGCCUGAUUUAACCCCACCUAUUGCCUUCGAAGAAGAAAAGACGGCAAUGGUCUUUGCCGCAUUCUCAAACUGUGAACCCGUGCGAACUGAGUACAUGAAGCAACUGAUGAAGUUUAUCCCAAUCGAUUCUUAUGGAGACUGUCUUAAAAACAAACGAGGUCUCGUGGCAAGAUAUGGCAAAGAUUUUAAGCAACGCAAAACUGAAUUGGCUAGAAAGUACAAAUUUACAUUGGUGUUCUUUAACCAAGACUGUGAUUAUUUUGUGGAUAAUCAGCUCACUCAUGCCCUCAGCGCUGGUUCAGUCCCUGUUGUGAUGGGUACAGACAAACUUGACCAGUUUCUUCCUGGAAAUCUUCGAAGCUCCAUCAUUAAUGUCCGUGACUUCGAAAACCCCAAACUUUUGGCUGACUACAUUACGUACCUAAGCAGUAACAAGGAUGAGUACAGCAAAUACCUUGAAUGGAAAAGGAAAGGAUUCGGUGACAUUGAAGGAACUAACAUUGGAAAAUGCUGGAUGCCAAAAUACCCGCUCUAUUACCAAAUUUGCAUGGCGCUGUCAGAAGGAAGAAUUCACAAAGAUGGUCUCAAAGUGGAUAUCUGCAAGAAAAGGGCCUUUAAAGACUGGGGAAUAAACCCCAGGGCCCAAGUUGAUCUCUAACAAUUUUUGAAUGAGGCUAAGCAUGUUGAAAAAAAUAUGCAGAUCAAUGAGGGUGUGGCCGAGCUAGAUAACUGAUAAUUCUUCAGUUAAAGCCGAAUUCAAUAAUUGUUUUAUUAUUCAUUCAAAAUAUUUCUACGUUCGUAACAGCGUUACCUCCUUGUAAACGUCGGCCAGUUUCUCGGCACAGUUAUGUAAUUGAACAUAUAAUUUUGUUUUUGUUUUUGUUUUUGUUUUUUCCCCCUUGCGGAUAUACUCCUUAAAAACUACAUGUCAUUUGUAUCAUCCCGAAAUACUUUUGGCGUGUUCUUGCGUUUGUUCCGUUUUGUUUUAGACAGUAAUUCAACUAUUUUGUCUUCGGAUAUUCGUGAACAGCUAGGCUGCCGCGCCGCUGGCAGGAAACGAGGUUGUAAUUUUAUAUUGGGCAACAACCAAUCGAAACGAUGGUAUAUAAAUUGCCUUUAUCUUCCAAAUAUGGUAAGCGCCGUGACGAAUUAGCUGGGGGAUUGUUAGCCAAUCAAAAACGGCGAAUUAUUUUAAAUGCAUAAUAAAUAACGAAAAUUUAAUUUUCUUGUUAAGCAUUCCGUAGUAAUAAGAGUAGCUACAUCAAGGUACUUUUCAAUGCAUGAGGUUCGUCGGUUUUGUCCUGUAAGCUACAAAGUGGUGAAGGAAAAACCUUUGAUACAACAUCGUAACGUAACAAAUAGAUGAUUCCCGUUUGUUAUAUUAUGUCACAUCUAGUAUAUUCUAAUUGAAGAAAAUUACUCUCCAAGUUUUACUGAACGUUAUUAUUUUUGUUGUGACUUUUUACAGUGUGGAUCAAUAAUUGUUUUCUUUUACUCAAUUCUACGUGUGCUCUUUUGGAGACCUUGUUAAUCGUGGUUUGCUUUAUGGUGUAUACUGUUUACCCGCAGAAAUCAGCUUUUUGAUCUUUAUAUUAACUUUUCAAUCGUCUGAGCAAUAACUUUAAGGUGUUAUUUCUUAAGCAUAUUUAGAAUGUUUGUUUGUAUAUAUAGAAUUUUUAUGUUUUUUUGGAGGGAAAAAGUCCUUAAGAUUACUUUGUCGUAUUUGAUUACUUUUACUAGCUCACGAAUCAUCAAGUUGGGCAAUUUUUUCUUUUUUCUUUCAUUAUUCAACCGCAACGAACAGGUUCCGUGUGAUUCCCUACUGUUAAACCGUUCAAGUUCAUGAAUACUACCAGAACCACCGUCAUGCGUUUUUUGUUUGUUUGUUUGCUUGCCUCCUUGUUUGUUUUGUAAAUGACUUAUUAAGACCUUAACCCAUUCCCCUCUGGAAUUUUUUGCCGAAAAACGCCUUUUGAAGCUAGUCGAGCAGUUUUCUGGUCAUCCUCUUGCUAUUAAGAGCUAAAACUUUCCUUAAAGCAAUUUGCACGUCGUACACUUCGCGGCCCUCUGAUCCGGAUGUAAAAUAUUAGCUUGCGUUGUUUUCCCGCAAGCUAAGGAAUCUGAAUAGUCUGAGGACACAGCAAAACUGUGCCUUCAACUAUUCUCCUGCCUGGGUGUCGACAGUACUACGUUGACAUCGGCCAUCGCGUUCAGGCAAGAGCGAGUGCUGCUGGUAACAAACCUAAACCUAUCAUUUGCAAGUGUAUUAGUUUACCAGUUUGACUUCAAAGGUUAACAUUUGAUUGUUCUAUCCAUGGUUUUAUUGUUUCAACAAGAAUAGGCCACUUGCACUAAGAGGUCACGUGACCAAUGCUUCCUUUAAACAAUGAGUUGGAAUCUUGCUGAUGCCAAAAAUUGACAGAGCACGUAAAAAUUAUUUUACACCUGACAUUUGAGAGGAAACGCACUUUAGGGAGAUAUUUUAUGGCACUUCGACUUUUCAACAAAGUAGUAUGAUUUUUAUUGGCCGCCAUUUUGGAGGGCAUACUCUUGCCCUCCAACAUGGCGACCGAAACUACUUUUUGCUUAUAUCUUGUUAAACGUUUGACAGUUACGCUCAGAUGUGCUGUAAACGUUACCACAUCACCUUUUCAACAUUUUCCUUGAAGUUUAAGCGCAAAAUUUGUGUUCAGAAAGAGGUAAUUCAUAAUUUUAAAAAUUACAUUUUGGUCUAGUGACCAGCUACGAACUUUCUCAUUUUAAGAAAAGAGUGCGGGUUUGAGAAACCAAAUCACUGUUAUUUUUGUUUAAGAUAUGACCCUCUAAUCGUUUUUCGAAGGCAAAAUCUUAUAACUUUCAUAAAAAAAAUUCUCAUAAAAACGAUGUCACAUGGCCUCUUAGUGCAAAUGGCCUAUUUGCAGUUAUUGAAGGGUAUAGACCCAAUUUUUAUAACCUGUUCAUUCAACUUUACAAGCCAGGCCAACUUUUUCUUCAGUAAAUAAGAGAUAACAGAAUAUGAUUCGUUGCGUUGGGUAGAAAAACAACAGGAUCCCUCAAAAGCUAAGAGUUCUCUCAGUCGACUUUCUUUUCAGUAGUUAUAAUAUCAUUCAAUUCUAAAAGUAUUGGAAACUCUCCGGGACCAUUAGAUAAUAUAUAACUGAUCAUGAUACUAGAUGUAAAACUACGAUAACCCAUGGCCGUACUGUUAUUUGUAACAUUGUAUAACAAAACUUAUUCACCAUUUUCACCAAAGUUUUACUGUCUUAUCUUUUGUGGCUCAUCGGCCAUUCUUUACGUUGUCAACCGACAAGAGAAAAAAGGAACCACCCACUGAGUGCCACCGACUUUUUCUAGUUCUUUUGAUGGUAUAUUGUUGACCCGCGCUGCAUUUAGCACAUAAGUUCAACUGGAAAGAUCAUAUGAACUUAUCGCAAAGGUCAAAAAUCUAAGUCAAGACAUUCCUUUUAUUUUGUUUGUUUGUUUGUUUGUUUUUGUUUUUUUUCUGUUCUCUUUUUAGAAAAGGUUUGGCUGUUGUUUAUGAAAACUUAGUUUUCUAUGAUCCUGUCGUAAACUCUAUUUGGAACUUGUAAAACAUAUCUAUCUUUUUUUCCCAGGUCAUCAAUAUUUAAUUAUAAGGCCUAAUGGUUAGUUUAUGUGUGGAGAAAUUUGAUUGGACAAAGUGGUGUUAAAUCAUUUAGCCCAGUUUAGAAGAUUUAGUCCAUAACUUGUAGAUUACACUGUCAUCCUGAUUAUCACUGUUAAGGUAAGACGUCUCUGAUCUCUUUUUUAUAGCAAAUCAUAUAUUACAGUUUUCAGUUCUUUUCCCUUUGGUUGAACAGAGUUUAGAAAAGUUGGCCCUCUCUAUGAGUACCUAGGGUAGUCCUUUUUCGCCCCAUGUUUUCCGUCAACCGUUAGUUUUUCAACGAAAUUAAAUCGUCGUAUAUUAAGAAUUGUUCUGCGUGGUAACGGUACUAGUCAGCUGAAGCACGACGACGACGGAAACGAAAAGGUAUAAAACAAAAAACUCUGAACGUACAACAGACCUUUCUGCCAAAUUUCUCUGCUUUCAAAGUUCGGCUAAAACUGUCAAUCGUCGUUUUAUCAAAAGUGAUCGUCCCGACGUCGAUCGAAAUACCCAUAAAGAGGCUCAAAGCGUCAAAGCUGAUUGCAUGUUGUCAGGAGGGAAAAGUAAUCUUACAGUUCUACUAGCUCUUUCAUCUAAGGACUUUUAUCUUGAUAAAGAAGAGUAUAACAGUGAACUGCUGAGAGGUUUGUAUGGAGCCCUUUUGAUAUACACCAUUUGUUAUUGAAUAUAAGCUUUUUCCCAUUUCAUCUAGUAGACAGUAAAAUUGCAGCCUAUAUCCUCGAAGGGAAUUCAUCACGCGGAUUAGUAUCGGGAAAACACUGUGAAGAGAAAUUUGUCAAUAAAUCAGCCAAAAGAGAGUCUUCUGUAAGCAAGGUAAGAAAUGAGCCCUAAAUCAUUUUGGAUUAGUUUUCUUUUUCCCGUUAAACUAGCUAAGACACAACAUGUCCUUUGCUUGUUAUUUUUGUCCCACGGGUGUACAUUUGUACUUAGAUUUAUUUUUCUGAGGUUUUUGCCACUGACUGUGGCUCCUCUUCGUCUGGCAAAAAGCGUAAGAUUUCCUCUGUGAAGGACUUGAUUUAUGGGGCAGCAAUCCUUCCUCUUUUAAAUUGUUAUGAGCAUUCUCUUUAUUGUCUCUGUCCUUUUCUAGAAGCUUUCUUGCCGUUCGUAUCUGAUCUUUUUCUCCAUUUAUUGCCCAGUAUGGGUAUAGGGCCGGCGCACUUGUGAAAAACUGUUAAUUCUCUUCCUCUUGAUGGUCCUAAGUUUUCUUCCUCUCUUACUCUUUUCCUCGGUACUAUGUGAUAAAGAAAGGUAGUCCCCUGUACAGCAUCGCCCGUAUCACAACCAAUAUGCGCCAAAAAAGGGUGUAACUUUCCUGUUAUCCACUAGUAGUUUGAUGGUCCUGAAUAGAGUGUAAUCUCUUCUGGUGACUAUAAGAUUUCCUCUCGUUGUCGAUUGUACCAUAUUCUUCGCCUAAUCCUUUCCUUAGCCACAGGUACAAGCUUUUGGUACAAUAAUUUCUGCGGUCAAAGCAUCCAUUAGGGAACUUAAAUAACCACCAGACGUUCUUGAUUCACGAACGGCAUGGCAGGCCGCGCAGAACUGGAUCGGGGACGCUGUUUACGCGCCAAAAGCAAAUCAUUAAGAAAACCAACGUGAAACCAUCACGAACAACGACAGAAUAAUUUAUUUGAAAUUGUCUGUCAGAGAUUUUGUUUCUUUCUUACGAAGAAAACUUGAUUUCACAGGAAAAAUUUUUACUUUUGUAUGACGAAUACUCUUUGAAGAAGCCAGAAUUUGAACCUCUGGUUUCAACCUGAGAAGCCGUGUUUUGAAGUCCCUGACCGCAGCUCAAGAACGUGAAAUGCUUGACAUGCACAGUGGCUGUCAUCCUGCAAAAAUACUUCCGGCUGGCGUCGGUGGUAUGCUUAAGUUCCUUUUAGGGAGCUUAGGCAAAGGCGUUUUUGAGCGACUCACGUCGACUGGAAGUGAGAUCCUUUUCAUUUUAAAAUGACUUGACAAUACCAAAUUUGUGUUUAAUUUUGAGUCUCUUUCUUAUUAUAGAGACGAUUUGUCCAAAAUUUUGGGCAAAAAUACCGCUCAAGAAUGAAAAAAGUCCACCUCCGGUUGACGGGCGUCGCUCAAGUCAACACCAACGUCGUCACUAGUGUAAUUCACUUGAUACAUGAUCCCUUAAGCUAAACUGACUGUACUAUUUCACUUUUUAGAUUAUAAGCGUUUUCUUCGUUUAGUUCCUCUCUUUGUUUUUCUUUUCAUGCAGCUCGUUUUUAAAUUUACUUUUAUUCCCCAGCUGAGGGUGAUAACCCUUACUGAGACCUUGAUUAUUCUGGAUAUCACAAAAACUGCAUCUAAUAACUAAUUGUUUUAUUAUACAUUGAACGCACAAAAAAUGGUCACGACAGUAAGUGGAACUGACAAAUUAUUUCUAAAGGUGUAAAAAUACCUUAGGUUCUCUCAGUUUUUUUUCUUUCUCGUAAUCAGCAAACAGCUCCUUUGCCACCUUCGUCGACUUUUUUGUGUUUCGUGAGUCCUUGUCUUCAACUAUUUUUUGAUGUCUUUCUCGGUCAACGAAGCAAAGCUGGAAGUCAAAGUUUUUGCUUCUCUUCUUCGCUAAUGGCAAGCACAAAGCGCGCGAACUUGACGUGAUUACCCUUAGAAAUCACGCACCGCGGUCAUACAUGACAUGAUUACCCGUGACCUUGAGUGUUCUUGACAUGAUUAUUGUAUAAUCUGCAUCCUGGUGACGUCUCAGGCGUUGAAUUCAAAAAUUCAAUGUACGCUUCCGGCCAAUCAGAAAAGAGAUAGUGAGUUGACUGUAUAAUAGUAAUCAUAAUCACUAUCGCUUGCCCACCCAAACGAGGACAAAAACCGUUGGGUCGGUCUCCUUUCAGUUAACAUAAAAAUGUUGUUCUAUUUCAGAUAUGUGCAAUCCAAUGGCUCUUCUCAAAGUUCCCCUUGUGUUAAUGCUUUUAGUUUUGAGCGUGUCUUGGUGUAAGGUUCAGAACGUGGAACGUACGUCUGACGCCUCCUCUGGUGAAAAUGAAGUGAAAGUAAGGGAUAAGAGAGCGAUAGAUCCCCUGAGCUUGAUAGGCCUAAUUGUGAGCGUGGGUGCUACCAUCCAGGGGGCUAUCUGCACUUUUUCAUCGAUUUGUAGCAACGACGAAAUCACCCCAAGACUGAAAAAAGAUAGAGAAAAGUUGGAAGCUAUCCACAACGAUGUCAAGUCCAUCAAGAAAGAUGUGGAGGACAUCUGGAAUGAAUCGAAGCGGAAAUGGUACUUCAAUAACAUCGAGUACGUUGCCAACCAAAGGAAGAAAGUAAUAGAAGAUAUAAAGAGCAAAGACACUACUGGGAGAGCUAAGGAAAGACAAAAGAGAUUCAUUAAUUUGGUUUUAGGUGGAGAAGGCCAAGACGAAUUCAUUGAAAAAGCUCUUUUUCAUAUCCCAGACUUGGUUGUCAACAAGGGUCUUGUCACCCAUUACUUUAAAGUUCAGACCGAUAACGGAAAAUCUCCAGCAGAAGCCGCCAAGCUGACCUGGAUUUUUAUAAGGAAACUCUUCCGAUACCAAGAAGACGGCUACGUCUCAGUUGUGCUAGCAGCCUCUUUGAAGUACAAGGAUGACAAUGCAUCUUUUAAAAAGGUCAUGAAGGAAGUCUGCAAAUGGUGGCCAAAACUAAAGGAUCCUACAUACACCGAACUAUGUGACAAACUAGGUAAAGACGAGGGCUCGCGGGAUAAUCGAAAAAUGCAGCAAGACUUUGUAUUUUCCCUACGAGAUCUGGCUCUUGUUCCUGUUCAGCUGGUACAGACUGACUGCAAUAAAUUCGCAGACUCCUACACUCUACUCUACUCGACUGGCUAUCUUUAUGUAGCACAGCCCCAAGCCAAAAAGAUCUUGAUCGUCAAACCUGACACAUUGGCAGUCGUCAAGUCUAUUGAUGUACCUGGAUCUGAAUGUGGCGGAAAUUGCCAUCCGUAUGGAAUCUCCAUCUACGCCCCAAUGAAACUGUUUGCCAUAGCCGCCAAAACCAGCACCUCUGGAGGGAAAAGCAAACUCAUGCUGUUUAAGAUACAAGGUGACCUAAGCGAUCCCAGUGGAAUAAGUCUUGAGCAUUACACUACCUUCAUUCAACUGUUUUACCCUUGGCAACCUCGGAGGGAGGCAGAUUUAGUAGGUGUUGCCUUUUGCGGAGAACGUCUAGCGUACGCUGAUAAAUACGGUUCAAUCACGAAUUAUGAAAUGCCAUACGAUAAGUUGGUUUACGGUUAUAAUAAUGGGAAGCCAGAUCCAAUUCAAGGAAGAACUGAUCGCUUAGACUGGGCUCUCCAAAGAAGCAGAAACUAUCACAGAGGCAAGCAAUACUACUUCGGCUGCUCGAAUGAUGGGAAAUAUUUUGUGAUAGAGAGGGAGCUUUCAAGUCACUCAGACGUAGGGGCGGUGCCCUCUGACGAGAAAAGUGGUGCAUACAAUGUGUUGGACCUGGCGAAAAUAAAAGUGAUGAACAGAGACUGGUACGAUCUAAAGGACGGUCGUUCGCGGAUAAACAUAAUGAAAGGAAUAGCCAUGGAUAGCAAAGGCAAUCUGUUCUAUUCUGCUCAGAAAAGCUUUUAUGCCAAUGGCGUAAGUGGUGUCUACCAACGUACUUAUGAUGGAAAGCGUCGCUACAUCAGAGAAUGGGGCGAGGGGAAGAAAGUGGAAAUGUACGGGAUGGCAGUGGACGACAGCGGUUUCCUGUACUCGGUGGAAAAUAUCGGUUCUGGAAAAUGCCUUUACAAAUUUGACCACGAAAUCGACCUGGAGGACAUAAAUAUUCCUUGA